CAAGCGAACUUCAAGUUCGCCUUGGGAGUUCGCGGAAGUGCGAGGUGGGGAGUCGCGGAACAGGCGGCCAUCAUCAGAGCUCCGUGGGUCUCCCCUAAGUGCCCCCUGUAUCUUCUGCCUUGGCGUUGUCCGGCCCCUGCCCGAGCCAGGAGGCUUACAGUUGGAAAGGGGGACUUCUGUGAGUCCCUCAGGUCCCAUUUGGAGGGACUGAAGACCGCGAGGAAGAGUGAGCAGUAAGGGGCCUGGUCAGCCGUCGUCCGGCCCGCCCUGGGCUACCCGUACACUUGAACCCGCCCCUACCGUUUUGCCUCUGGGCAAGUUCCAGGCGCUCUGCACUCGCGGUCCAAAGGCGUGGCGGCGCGAGCCAUGAAUCGUGUGGGUGCGCUGGGCUGCGCGAGGCUGCGGUGGGCGCUGCUGGGGACGCGGGUGGCCCUUCCUGGCUUCGGCUCACACGGGGCUAGAGCCAAGGCCGCGAUCCCCACCUCCCUCCCUGCGGCCCAGGCAGCCGAGGCUCCCGGAACCGGGCCUGGCGAUCGGAAGCUGCGGGACCUGAAGGAGCUUUCAGGGCCAGGGCAGCUGCGCCUCUUAUUCCAGCUGUUAGUGCAAGGCUACGUUCUGCACUUGCACAAGCUCCAGGUGCUGAACAAGGCCAAGUAUGGUCCAAUGUGGAUAAACCGCGUAGGGACUCAGAUUCAUGUGCACCUGGCCAGUGCCCCACUCCUGGAGCAAGUGAUGCGCCAAGAGGGCAAGUACCCAGUACGGGAUGACAUGGAACUAUGGAAGGAGCACCGGGACCAGCAGGGCCUGACCUAUGGGCCCUUCACCACGGAAGGACAUCAGUGGUACCAGCUGCGCCAGGCUCUGAACCAGCGGAUGCUGAAGCCAGCUGAGGCUGCGCUCUACACAGAUGCUCUGAAUGAGGUUGUUGAGGACUUCAUGGCUCGACUGAACCAGCUGCGGGCAGAGAGUGCCUCGGGGGACCAUGUGCCCGACAUCGCUCACCAUUUCUACUUCUUUGCCUUGGAAGCUAUUUGCUACAUCCUGUUUGAGAAACGUAUUGGUUGCCUGGAGCGCUCCAUCCCCCAGGACACCGAGAUCUUCGUCAGAUCUGUUGGGCUCAUGUUCCGGAACUCACUCUACGCCACCUUCUUCCCCAAGUGGACUCGUUCCCUGCUGCCCUUCUGGAGGCGAUAUCUGGACGGCUGGAACACCAUCUUCUCUUUUGGGAAGAAGCUGAUUGAUCAGAAAUUUGAGGAGAUAGAGGCCCAACUGCAGACAGGGGGCCCAGAGAAGCCCCAGGUAUCUGGUUACCUGCACUUCCUGCUGACCAGCGGACAACUCAGUCCUCGUGAGGCCGAGGGCAGCCUGCCCGAGCUGCUCAUGGCUGGAGUAGACACGACGUCCAACACGCUGACGUGGGCCCUGUACCAUCUUUCAAAGAACCCGGAGAUCCAGGCGGCCCUGCAUGAGGAAGUGGUGGGCGUGGUGCCUGUCGGGCAGGUGCCCCAGCACAAGGACUUUGCCCGCAUGCCCCUGCUCAAGGCUGUGCUUAAGGAGACCCUGCGCCUCUACCCUGUGGUCCCCGUGAACUCCCGGCUCAUCACAGAAAAGGAAAUUGAAGUUGGUGGCUACCUCUUCCCCAAGAAUACCCAGUUUGUGUUCUGCCACUAUGUGGUGUCCCGGGACCCUACCAUCUUCCCUGAGCCGGACAGCUUCCAGCCCCAGCGUUGGCUGAGGAAGAACCAGCCUGAUGCCCUCAGAACCCAACACCCAUUUGGCUCUGUGCCCUUUGGUUACGGGGUACGGGCUUGCCUGGGCCGCAGGAUUGCAGAGCUGGAGAUGCAGCUGCUGCUAACAAGGCUGAUCCAGCAGUACGAGGUGGCCCUGGCCCCUGAGACGGGGAAGGUGACGAGUGUGGCCCGCGUCGUGCUCGUUCCCAAUAAAAAGGUGGGCCUGCGUUUCCUGCAGAGACAGAGCUGAGCUCGGCUCUUGCCUUCCUGGGGCAGCCCCCUUCCGUCCCUCCCUGGCACUCAAAGAAGGAGAGAAAGGUGCUGCCAGGCACCAGAGGCUGGAGAAACUCAGUGUACUUCCUGUAGCACCCUCAGCUUUUGCCACUUUUAUCAUUUUGAGCAUCUCCCACUCAGAUAAAAGGCCACCUCCAUGGCGCAUUACUAACCUUGGGGAAAAUAUAGAAUAAAGGAGUUUUUAUUCAUAA